UGCAGGCAUGGAGACCCCUCUGGAGAAGGCGCUUACCACCCUCGUCACCACCUUCCACAAGUACUCGGGCAGGGAGGGCAGCAAGCUCACACUGAGCCGCAGGGAGCUGAAGGAGCUGAUCAAGAAUGAGCUGUGUCUCGCUGAGAAGAUGAAAGAGAGCAGCAUCGACAAUCUGAUGAAGAGCCUGGACAAGAACAGUGACCAGGAGAUCGACUUCAAGGAGUAUUCGGUGUUCCUGACCACGCUGUGCAUGGCCUACAAUGACUUCUUUCUGGAAGAGAACAAGUGACCAGCACCGCCUGAGCCCGCCU